AUGGAAGACAGCCUCGAUAGAACGAAGAAAGUUCAUCCGGGUCAGAUCCUGGCCGCUGUCCAGGUACUCUGCACGUUCAAUGUGAUCAUUUCAGACUGUGGGCUGCAUAACAUUCUCUAUAAUGACGAAGAACAGAAUCCGACCGUUUGCAUCGUUGAUUUUGAGUAUUUGCAUGUAUUUGCCGAUAGUAAAGAUCCAUCCAAGGAUUCGCCGGUCCAUCCGGAAGCGUAUUCAGUAUUCAAAGACUUCAAGGAUGAUGAAAUCAAUUUCGAUAGCGAUGAAGAUGAGGAUGAGGAGGACGAGGGUGAGGAUAAGGACGACGAAAAUGAAGAAUGA